AUGAACGGAAAUUACAACGCAUUGCCCGCCCUCACUCCCGUCGUCGUCACUCCCGUCGUUCUCUCUCUCCCGUCAAACUCUCUUUCCCGUCGCGCUCUCCCUCCCGUCGCGCUCUCACUCCCGUCACACUCUCACUCCCGUCGCUCUCUCUUUCCGGCGCGCCCUCACUCUCGUCGCUCUCUCGCUCCCGUCGCGCUCAUUCUACCGUCGCUCUCUCACUUCUUUGCGCUCUCACUCCCGUCGCUCUCUCUCUCUCUCCCUCCGCCCUCUCACUCCCGUUGCUCUCUCUUUCCGGCGCGCUCUCACUCUCGUCGCUCUCGCGCCCCCGUCGCGCUCAUUCUACCCUCGCUCUCUCACUUCUUUGCGCUCUCACUCCCGUCGCUCUCUCACUCCCGCCGCCCUCUCAUCUCCCGUCCCUCUCUCACUCCCGUCGCGCUCUCACUCCUGUCGCUCUCUUUCCGGCGCGCUCUCACUCUCGUCGCUCUCUCGCUCCCAUCGCGCUCAUUCUACCGUUGCUCUCUCACUUCUUUGCGCUUGCUCUCCCGUCGCUCUCUCUCUCUCCCGCCGCCCACUCACUUCCGUCGCUCUCUCACUCCCGUCGCUCUCUCACUCCCGUCGCUCUCUCACUCCCGUCGCUCUCUCACUCCCGUCGCUCUCUCACUCCCGUCGCUCUCUCACUCCCGUCGCUCUCUCACUUCCGUCGCGCUCUCACUUCCCUCGCUCACUCAGUGA